UGAUUGGAUAAACACACACGAAAACCUCAAAACAUAUAUCAACAUCACCGGUGGAAUCCAUCCCUAUGUAUUAACCGAUUUUCCAUCGACUUCUUGUCUAUAUACCACAUUUAGCUUCCAUUCACCAACAAACUCACCUAAUUUUCGCUCCAUUCAAUUCACUAGGUAUCUCACUUUUUCCACAGCAUUCUUCUUCACUUAAUUCCUACUGAUUUCGGUUGCAGACUUAGUGAGAAAUAGAGUUAAUGGGGGGCAAAAGUUCAAAGAGGGCUUCAAGUAGGUAUUCAUCAUACGGGUCAACAUCGAAUUCGCGGGCCUACCCACAAUCAUCAUAUCAACAACCACAAUAUUCACAACCACCAGUGAACCAACCAUAUGCUUCUCCUUCUUUUCAAAGCUAUCCUAAUCAAGCUCCAGCACUUAAGAAACGGCUCGAGAGAAAGUUCUCGAGAAUAGAUGAUAAUUACACCAACUUAGAGCAGGUUACUGAUGCUCUAGCACGUGCUGGUUUGGAGUCUUCGAAUUUGAUUGUUGGUGUAGAUUUUACCAAGAGCAAUGAGUGGACUGGCGCAAGAUCGUUUAAUCGAAGAUGCUUGCAUCACAUUGGAAAUGAAAUGAAUCCUUAUGAAGAAGCAAUAUCUAUAAUUGGAAGAACUCUAGCUUCUUUUGAUGAGGAUAAUUUAAUUCCUUGUUUUGGUUUCGGAGACGCUUCAACUCAUGAUCAAGAAGUCUUUAGCUUCUACCCGGAUGAUAAAUUUUGUGAUGGAUUUGAGGAUGUUUUGAAACGUUAUAGAGAACUGGUACCACAAUUGCGGCUUGCAGGACCCACAUCGUUCGCCCCUGUUAUCGAAAUGGCCAUCACCAUUGUGGAACAAAGUGGUGGUCAGUAUCAUGUCUUGUUGAUCAUUGCCGAUGGGCAGGUCACAAGGAGUGUUGAUACCGACCGUGGUCAACUAAGUCCACAAGAGCGGAAAACAGUUGAGGCGAUUGUGAAGGCUAGUGAAUAUCCGUUGUCAAUAGUAUUAGUUGGGGUGGGAGAUGGACCAUGGGACAUGAUGAAGGAAUUUGACGAUAAUAUCCCUGCUCGAGCUUUCGACAAUUUCCAGUUUGUUAAUUUUACAGAGAUUAUGUCCAAGAACACAAAUUCUUCUAGGAAGGAAACCGAGUUUGCUCUUGCAGCCUUGAUGGAGAUACCUUCACAAUAUAAGGCAACUCUAGAGCUCAACAUAUUAGGUGCUACUCGAGGGAAUGCUAUAGAUCGGGUCUCUCUCCCCCCUCCAUGCUACAAUUCAGCAUCUUUUGGUGGGUCCAAGCAGCAGUCACGCUCAACUAGUUUCCAACCAACCGCAACUUCUAUCCCGAAAAGAGAAACAUCGGCUAACACAAGUGGUUUUUAUGGUAUUUCAACAUCGGAUAAAAAUCUUUGUCCCAUCUGCAUAACCAACCAAAAGGAUAUGGCCUUCGGCUGCGGGCAUCAGACAUGUUGCGGAUGUGGGGCCGACCUUCAUUUAUGUCCUGUCUGUAGGAGUCAGAUACAGACAAGGAUCAAGCUCUAUUAAGCGUUUUGCUUAAGUACGUUUCUCGCAAACACCACGUCCUGUUCAUAUUGCUUUUUCCGUUGUGGUAACGUUAAUUACCAUAUCGUCUACUUAUCGAAUUUGUUGCAGCCCAUAUACCUAGGGGCAUUUUGGUCCAAAAAACUUGUGAAAACUUGGAGUAAGCUUAUCUUGUGAUCUUGUAAAGUAAUUGAUACACAGGCCAUGUUGAUCAAAACUUUAGGAUGUAUCAUAUGCAUUUCUUCAGCAAAAUAAUGGAACCGAAUCGUAUCCAGAGUA